CAGAUAUGUCGCUGUGGGAUUACUGCGUUGUCAGUUACACGCACGACGGUGUCUCCCAAGUGAACACAAUAAGCAGCAGAUGGCUGUUGGAGGACGGGCAGCAUGCUCUUUUGCCCAACCUUCCAAUGUUCGAUUGCCACCAGGCGGUGCGGGAGCACAGAUACCCCAUAGCUGAUUGCAAAAUGUUUCCAGUGACGGUACUUCAUCGUACAGUGCAUUUCGAGGACGCACGCCGACUGGAAAGUACCGUCGGGGAUCAACGUCAUGGGACGGACACCGAUUGCACCAUCCCCAUGCAAACAUCACCGAAGCGAGUUAUGUAAUGCGCUACACAUUUGAUAACGCAAUGCAUUGCAGACGCCUGCCGGCGAAACUUCGUGAUUACGGGGAUGAGAAUGUACCGACCAGAAAAUAACGGUGCAACGCUCCUGCAUCUGCAACCUAUGGGAGAUUUCCUGAAUUCUCGUUGGAGGACGUGGCGCGGCAUACCAUGCCUCCUCAGAUUGCUGAUGACUUCCAGGAGGAUACUCACAUGCGUGGAUGUAAUGAAGUAGCCGUUCAAACGGAGGGUAUGAAAUGCUGUAAGUCUUCCGGUUUUGCACUUUAGAUACACGCCCUGGCAGGCAGGUGUCAUGAAUCUGACAAAAGGGUCAUGCACACUUUGCACGCUGUGGUCGAUUCACUUAGACGCGUGGAGGAGACCCUUCACGUAUUGAAGGAGAGCCACGCGGCCAUGACCCAGGCCAUGUGGACUGCAAAACCAAUGCAACGUAAUGAUUUAUCUCUACCUACCUCAACUAUUGAGGAAUUCUUGGAGUUAGAGAGUAAAUUAGUGGACCCAGACCUCCGUCGAGAACUGACUACUCGCAUGAACUCAACACCCGCCGGCACGGUAUCGGAGGCCAUUCGAUACAUGUUGGAUAGGGUUCUGAACAGAGAGGUCUUGAGGCAGCUUAACUUUGCGGGUGCAAACAACGCAAUACCGUUCAAGAAAACGCACACAUUCAGUGCGCUUCAAGAAGUUAUCGUUCACCGAUUUGGGGUCACGGCCAACGCCGUAGCGAACGGCGUUUGCAAAUGGUUACAGAUUUCCCGGAGCAAUCUGCACCGGCGUACAUCUGCCGCAUCAAGCAGUCAGGAAUCGCAGCCUUUUGAUUUGAUAGAUUUAGACAAUCAGAGCAAUCAGGAAACACGGACAAAGUUGUAAAUGUUU